ACUCCCGCGCAGUUGUUGUUGGAGUAUAAGCAACAGCGGCAAGAGGCGCGGGAGGAAGGAUCGUGGAAAAGAAUUCGCGGCGCAUGCGCGGCGGGGCCUAAGGCAGGCAGGAGGGUGGGGAGGAGAAGGAGGAUUGGCGGACUCGGUUUCGUGCCUCUUUCUCUCCCUCCCUCUUCACCGGAGCCGGAAAGCGAGUGAGCGUUGAGGGAAGACCCCCCCUCCCUCCCUGCAACGCUGGGCCGGGCGCUUUGAGGUCCCGAGCUCGGGCGAGUUGCCGGCGGCGGCGGGAGGAGGGUCCUUGACGAGACGCUGUUGCUUUCGUUGCCGCCACCGCCUCCUCGCCGAAGCGCCGUCUCUCUCCGUCCCCGCCCGGGACUGAGUCCAUUAGCUACAAAAUGGCGGACGGGGAGCUGAAUGUGGAUAGUCUUAUCACCAGGCUGCUGGAAGUGCGAGGAUGUCGUCCAGGAAAGAUUGUGCAGAUGACAGAGGCUGAAGUUCGGGGCUUGUGUAUAAAAUCACGAGAAAUCUUUCUUAGCCAGCCCAUACUUCUGGAGCUAGAGGCGCCGCUGAAGAUCUGUGGUGACAUCCACGGUCAAUAUACAGAUUUGCUUCGAUUGUUUGAGUAUGGGGGAUUUCCACCUGAAGCCAACUAUCUAUUUCUGGGGGAUUAUGUGGAUAGAGGCAAACAAUCCUUGGAAACCAUCUGCUUAUUACUUGCAUAUAAAAUCAAAUAUCCAGAGAAUUUUUUCCUCCUGAGGGGAAACCAUGAGUGUGCUAGUAUUAAUCGCAUCUAUGGAUUCUAUGAUGAAUGUAAACGGCGGUUUAAUAUCAAGCUCUGGAAGACAUUUACAGACUGUUUUAAUUGCCUGCCUAUUGCAGCCAUUGUAGAUGAGAAGAUUUUCUGCUGCCAUGGAGGACUGUCACCAGAUCUGCAAUCAAUGGAACAGAUUCGAAGAAUUAUGAGACCCACAGAUGUUCCUGACACAGGCUUGCUCUGUGACCUGCUGUGGUCUGAUCCAGACAAGGAUGUGCAGGGCUGGGGUGAAAAUGAUCGUGGUGUCUCCUUCACUUUUGGAGCUGAUGUGGUCAGCAAGUUCUUGAAUCGUCAUGAUUUGGAUUUGAUUUGUCGAGCUCAUCAGGUAGUUGAAGAUGGCUAUGAAUUCUUUGCUAAACGACAGCUGGUUACCCUAUUUUCUGCUCCUAAUUACUGUGGAGAAUUUGACAAUGCUGGUGGCAUGAUGAGUGUGGAUGAAACUUUGAUGUGCUCUUUUCAGAUUCUGAAACCAUCUGAGAAGAAAGCAAAGUACCAGUAUGGUGGACUGAACUCUGGACGUCCAGUCACCCCACCUCGCACAGCUAAUCCUCCGAAGAAAAGGUGAAGAAAGGAAUAUCAUAGAAAAACCAUCAGAUCUAUUAAGGACAAAACUCCAUAUAUACAGUAUAUAAUAAGUGUGCACUGUAAAACCAUCCAGCCAUUUGACACCCUUUAUGAUGUCACAUCUUUAACUUAAAGAGACGGGUAAAGGAUCUUUAAUAUUUUCUAGUUGACAGAUGUGCAACACUGUAUUGUAACAAGUAUACUCCAAGCUCUAAUAACCAACAUAGAGUAAAAUCAGAUCUAAACAAAUUAUUUUGGUUGCAUAUUCACAUCACAGUUUUAAAGUUGACCAACAUCCCAAUUUAAGCUUGAUGUAAUAGUUAAAUCAGAUGAGAGCAUGAUGUUUCAUUUGUGUAAUGUGGUCUUACUGUUGCUUGAUUGCCUUUAUUUCUCUUAUUUUGUAGCUAGAAUGAUGGCAAAGUAUCUAGUCAUGUUCCCUGGCUGAAAAUGAUUUGUGGAAGGGAUUUUUGGGGCAGCUGCUGUUCUCCCUCUUCCCAGUAUUCUUGCUAACUAAAUGUGUGCCCCUAUAAUAGGAGUUUAAAGACACAAACCAAUCUCAAGCUCAUGACUUCGGUAGUGCUCCUUAUCCAGACAACCCAGCAGUCAGUAUUUCUCAUGACAAAAAACUUAUUACUUUUUAUCUUAGAUUGCCACAGAAUGGAUUUGUUCACUGCACCAUUUUAAACUAACAUUACACUCACAAUGACACUUCAUUUAACUUAAAUAGGGCAAGAAUGGUAUUACUUAUUAGUCGAAAACUUGAUUAUGUGGUACCUUGCAUUAGAUUUUAUUAGCAUGAAACACCUUUUGGCAUGCUUAGCUUCCUGAUAAUGUCAUAUUUGCAUUAAAGUGCAUUCUGCAUAGCUAACCAAACAUGAAGAUCCUUCUCUGAUAAGCCUGGAAAAGCUAGCUCUGUUUUUCCUCUCCUCUUCCCCGCCCAACUGUGCACUCUGCCCCACCUUCCAGGAGGGUAUAUUUAAAUGGCUGUUGAUCAUUGAGCAGUAGGUUAACUAUGGCUAGUGGUGGUUGGACUGUCUAAUAUUGCCAUGUGAAUGUUCUACAUGAUUGUAAGGCUUAUGUCACUAAAGAUUUAUAUCCUCUGGAUUUUCAUGAUCAAGGUUCAUAUACUAUUGUAGAAACUUCUGCUUUGUAGUGUACUAUAGUAGCAAUAAUUUCUGUACAUGAUCAAGAGUUGAUGCAGUAUUUCUUUUCCUGUUUUCCUUAAAGGGUUCAUAUUGACAAAUGGCAAAGUGUAAAGAAAUGUGCAAAGAUUGUAAAUGGAUAAAAAUUGAAAGGCAGCGACUUGAUUGGAAAUUAAUACAUUUUUUUUAUUGAACACUGUCAAAUGUGCAAAGAUUGUAAAUGGAUAAAAAUUGAAAGGCAGAGACUUGAUUGGAUAUUAAUACACUGUUUUUUAUUGAACGCAGUCAAAUUUAUAAGAUUACUUAGUAGGGAAGCUUCCAAUUUAAAUUAUUCUAAAUGUGCAACAAUGUAGAACUCUUUAAUAUUGUCUUUGCAAAUGUUAAAUCGAGAAUUCUAGCAACUUGCAUUUAAUGAACUGACACGUAUUAUGCAAGGGAUUUCUGGCAAAGUGAAAAGUUCUUACAUGGAUUUAAGUCUCUUUUCUAAUUCCAUUUUGUUUUAAAACACAUAUUAAAUGUAGGAUUUUUCAUUUAGUAAAGUUGUUUAAUUGAUUUGAA